AUGUAUUUGGCGCUUUUGUUUAGUGUUUUGUCGGAUGAUGAGCAACCAUCAACAUCUACAGUGGUCGCAGAACCAGUCGAGGAAAAGGUUGUCCCACCUUCCGAGGAAGUUAUUCCGGAUGGAGAAGCCAUCGAAUCUGAAAAAAGCGUUCCUUCCAGCACACCCAUUGUGGAAGCGUCAUCGUUGCCAGCACAAGUGGCCGUCUUCGAUCCUGUUUGUUACCCAUCAAUUCCUCAACUUUCCGAGAGCACUAUGAACACUACAUAUACCGCAACAGUUGCUCCUCCUCCUCUUUAUGAAGAGCUCUCGAAAGGCUUCAUGGAAAAGAACCCAGCCAUAGCUGGACCACAAAUUGCCGAUGCGCCUCCAUUAUAUCCGUCCUUGACGAAAGUUCACUAUGAAAAAGAUAGUCACGGGCUGCUUACAGAGCAAAAUUUGCUGGCAUUCUAUCACAAUCCACUCUACAUGAUGAGCGAGGAGUUUACUGAUAAGUUUGUUCAGAACAAUCUCAUAUCCUCCGGCCCACUUUUUCCUCUUCUCAAGCGGCUGAAAAAACUUUGUGAGCAGAUGUCAAUAAGUGAAGUCAGCGAAAAAGAGAAUACUGAGAGCCUUUCGAAAUGCCUGCGUGAUUGCUGGGUUAUGCAGCAGCAAACUGUUGAUGCCAAGGGAAAAUGUGGCGAGAACAAAGAAGCUUCUGGAACGGGUCGUUUCCAUAAAUCCGUCUUGGUUAUGGAGAAAGUAGACGAGUUGAAGCGUUUGCUUGCUGCCAAUCGAACUCACCUUUUGGAUGAGCGUAUCUGCCAGGAAUCGCAGUUUCGAGCGACGGCUCUUCAAGUUCAAUGGGUUGUGAUCUCUAUCAACCAGCAAUUCAUGGAAGAAAAUGGCUUAUCCCUCCAGAGUCCACCCACAUUAUUGGAAAACGCUGCCAUUUCUAAUGGAAGGGUUCUAUUGCUGAACGCAUUGUCCGACAUCUUUUUCCACCUGCGGUUCCCAUCGUUAGCCAAGCGCUUUACUGACGCUCUGACAGGAUGGGCAAAAGAAUUAAUAUGCGUCUUAUAUAUGUUGUGCCGAUGUGAAGAUGCACAGUUUGUUUUAAAUCAUCUUCUUCGUCUCCCUUCUCCGAUUAUAGAAUGGGCGGCUCCCUUUGUACAAACAUUUAUUCAGGCUCCAUCUCCGCCAAAGGUGAAAGUCGACUACUGUGUUACAAUGCUCUCUCAUCUAAUGAAUCCCAUUUCAGCACGCGAGACGUUCCUGCGCCAAAUAGGUUUGUCAGAAAGUGAAGACUCAACCUGGGCAAUUUUGAGUGGAGAUGAGGAAGAGGGCGAAUUCUCCCUGGUUACGAUUAACGAGGCAGAUCUCACUGGGCUCCUCGAUCAACUGCCUAUAUCAGAGCUCUACUCUUUGGCCUACCUUUACUUCUCGAGUUCGACUUCCGAUAAAGGCGAUCAAUUCAUCUCCUUGGUCGCGUUCCAGCUCUUACUGAUGAAGGUCGUGCUUGAUACCGGUUUAUCUACUUACUGCGCGCCAACGUACAAAACGUUUUGCAAGCAGAUAGGAAACAGUUUGAGGUAG